AUGAGCUCGAUCCACUCAGAUAAUGAUCCAGGUGAUAUCAUGGUUAUGAAAAAUUUUAAUUUAAAAAAACGUGAGGAAAGACAAGCAAUGAAACAGAAGGAGACAAUGAGAAAAUUGACAGCCUCCAAUUUAGAUACAUCUAACGACUCUAAUAUACUCGGUCUCGGGAUAGCUAGAAGACCAAGUGACAAUCUUCUGUUGAAGUUUAAUCAAGCAUUAACCACACGUAGUAGAAGUAAUGGCACUCACAGUACUAAUAUAGAAAACACAGAGGUAGUCUAUGAAGAUGGACCUUUGAAUCCAGUUGACUUGUCGGAUUUACCUCCUCCUAAUAAAAAUUUUGUCACUAAAAAUCAACGACCAAUAUCUAAUGAUUCUAUCAGUACAAAGACAUCUGAAUUGUUUUCUUCACCGUCAUUUGAUUUGCAUUCAAGAGAUUCAUCGAUUGGUAAUGAUAGUGAAGACAAUGAAACUAGUAUGGUAGAUAAGAGUAGUAUCCUAUCUGAAGAAAAUACAACAUUAAUAAUACACCAAGAAGAAAAUACUCAACAAAACACAAAUGACGACUUUUCCACUAAUGACUCACCCAUACCUAUGCCAAACCAUAUAUUGGAACCAAUAUUAACAAAACCAACUCCUAAACCUACUUAUUUUCCUAAUAGUACUAAUGGAACAAAUACUGAUGCAUCGACUACUUCUGUUGUCUCUACAGAUAUCAGCAGUAAUACUAAGCCUUCAUACCUUCAUUCAAACAGAAGUGUCCCUCUUUUAAAAUCUACCAGGAAUCAACCUCCAAAUCAUGUUAAUAGCUAUCCGUAUUCAAAUACAUAUAAUAAGGCAAUACAAAAAGAUUUCUUUCCUGAUAAAAUUGGUGGUACCAAUAGUGAUAACAAUAAUUACAGAAGCAAAAGAUUUCCAUUAUACAGUCACUCUAACAGUACAACAGCAAUUCCAUUUAAUAAGGUUCCAUUAACCGCUUCACAAAGGUAUAGAUUAAGAAAAGAGCAAAAUGAAACUUCUUUAAGAAAAUCGAUUAAGAAGAAGGAAAGAUUCUAUGAAGAUCAAGAACAGGUCAUGGAAUUACAAGAAGGAGAUAUUGAUGACACUUUAAUUUGGAAUAUUCCUACGGCAUCCUUUUCCACAAGUUCAUUUUUAAAUUCAACAAAACCCAGUGGGCUUAAAUUAGGACAAAGUACAAAAGCGAUAUUACAACAACACAAAAAUCCUAUCAUACCCAAAAAUGGACCAUUUGUUCCAGGCUUAGAUUUUUUUGAUAUGCCAACAUCACCUAUACCAGGCAUCUCGAAAGUCACAGAUUUUCAGUAUAUUCAAGAUACCACCAAAAAGUUAUCUAAUAUCUAUAUAAACAGCUCUGAAAAAUUAUCAAAAUCUAAAUUGUCUGAACGUGCUAAUUCUGCUUGUUACUUACCAUUAGAUCUAAAGGAGGCAAGUGAAAAGGGUAUGGAGGACUUACUCUUAAUCUCAGAGAAUAAAUUGGAAUUAAUGUCAAAUUCAAGACCAAGUUGGUUACCACCAAAGGAUCCUGAAGAAAAAAAGGCACAUGAAGAACAAAUAUCUAAAUCUAUCAGUAUGGCAUCUAUUGAACAGUUAGAUAGAAAUAAAGAUCGUGAACAAAGAUUGAUUAGGAAUGAAACUAAUAGACAGAAAUUUGUACUUCUAUUGGAUAGGGAUGUGACUAGAAAAUCUUCUAUAAAAACCCUACAAAAAAUCAUCUGGGAAACGUCAUUCUCUGAUGAUGUUAGAUUACAGAUGUACAACACUAUUUUACAAAGUGAUGUAAAGUUAAUUACUAAAAAGUACAUCGAUCCGUUUGCUAAUCUUUUAGAAAUAGUUAAUGGAAUGGAUUUCCCUAAGGGAAAAGAAGUGGAAUUAGAACAAUUAAUUAACAAGAGUAUUACUUCAAAGAGGAAUAAUUCAGAAAUGAUAUCGAAAGAUUUAAUAUUAAUGCUGAAAAUUAAAUCUAUCUCUACACAAGGUUUGUUAGUGGGUGAUGAAUUAUUGUUCUAUCAUUUCUUACAGAAUAAAUCAUUUAAAACUUUAUCUGAAGUUUGGGAAACAGUAAAUUUAAUACAAAUGACUUGCUUUAACGAUUUAUGUCAAGAGAAAUAUGAUUCUAAGAUAAUCUCCAAGAAGGGGAUAGUUGCCAAUUAUUUACUUCGAAAUGAUGACUUCAAAGAUGAAUUUAAUUCUACUUGUUUGAAUUUUAAUACGUGGUGGAAUAUUUUAGAAAGAGUUGAUCAUGCUUUGUUUAUGUGGAUAAUGGAUAUUAUUGUGGUUCAUAAUGCUCAAUGUUUCAAAAAUGAUCCUGUUAAAGGAACUCUUUUCCACAAUCAAGAUUGGGAUUUUUAUAAAUCAAAGAAAGUGUUUAUAAACUAUAAAAUUUUGCUUUCAUUCGUUUUAAAUAUUCUUCUAAAUUAUCAUUUUGGGUUUAUUGAUUUGAAAGUUUUAGCAGACCUUGACAAUAAGGACUUUUGUAUACCGAUACCCAUGGAUGAUUUGAUUGAUAAAGAAUCAGUUGAUGGUCUUUUUAUUAGAAAAUGGUUGCAUUAUUACAAAAAGUUUUAA